AAAUUAAUCAUAAAGAAUGGAUACUAAGACAAUUUUCAUGGUAUUUUUCGUAAUGACCACUUUAGUAUCAUAUGUGUAUCCAAGUUCUGGUCAAGAAGACGUUGACGAUGAACCACUGGUCCAUCCGGGUCGCGAGUUUGAUUCAUUGGAUACGAUAUCACCGGCUUCGCAAGAUUACAAUAUUUAUAUGCUAGAGAACCUCCCACCAAAGUACAAAAUGUAUCUUGAAACCUGCAUGGACAAGAUGAAGCCCAUUGGGAAAUGUGGUUUUGAAGAUGUUAUUAAAGAGAUCCUUACGAAUGAGCCUGUUUCAAGAGAGUGUUGUAUGAAGGUAGUAAGCGCUGGAAAAGAAUGCUACUUGGAGAUUAGUAAGUUGAUGUUUCGAUUGUAUCAACUCAAACGCUUUGCUUCUCAAGUUUCUUUAGAAAUUAAUGAGGUUUGGAAUAGAUGUUCUGCAGAAGUUGAAAGUCCUUCAUCAUCUGCUGAUUUUGCGAUUUAGUUAUCUUGACUGAUUCUUUUGUUAUAUUAUAUGAUAUAUUAUGAAAUAAUGGUUCGUUAUAAUAUUCUAAAUAUAUAUAUCAAAUCAAAUAUUCAUUACUUAUUCGUUUUCCUAAAUCUAAUAUUGUAUAGAAAAAACUCUAAUGCAAUAUCUUGGUUUGUUCUAACUAGUGUUUGUUUAGCAUAGUUUUUUAAUUUAUCAAAUAUAAAACACAAUUGCACACAAAUCUUGUUAAACAAAAUCAUAUAUUUCUUUCUUUGUAACUUGAACAAAUUAUGUUGUUUGAAAAUCAAGUAAAUUUAUAAAAACAAAUAAAUAGUGAGAAACGCUAUAAGGAAAAAAAUAUAUGUAACUUUCAUUUUUGUGAAAAAAAAACGCUAAUCUCAUUUUUAUGAUACUAGCUAUGACCUAAUAUGAAAAUUCGUUAUAGAGAUUUGUGAAUUAAUUAUUUAUUUAACUUUUACAAUGUUUUCCACAAAAAAUAUAACGUCUUUAGUUUUUCAAGGUAUAUAUCAUCUCUUAUUUUGUAAUAUGAAAUCAUCUUUGUGUUCACAGGAUCGAAAUAUAGAUUAUCAUGAAGAGACUGAUCAGAGAGACAAUUACUUGAUCAAAGGGACAAUAUGCUUAUGCUUAAUGGCCUAAUACUCUAUAUGAAAAAAAGCAUCAUGUUUGAACAAUUCAAAAGCUUUUAUUCAACUAUAACCAGUAAAAAAUCAGAUAAACAUACACUUGAGAGGGAUCAACGAACCAAGAGAAAAAAAAUCAUGAUUGUCUAUGUUCUUGAUAUUUAUCUCAAACAACGUUUUAAGUUAUAUAUCCAGAGUCAUCUUUCUUCUUCACUAGAUAUAGCUCUUUACAAUUCUUUGCAAAAAAGCAUAUAUACUUCAUCUACAACUCUUCUUUGGUUUAGCGAACACAAUAUUUAGACCAUGAAAUUAUUUCAAAAAACAUAGAUUCAACUUUCAAUUAGUUACAACUUUUUACUUAAGUGAAAUAUUACUUCCCAGGUUUCAUAUUAAAUGUAAUUUUUUUUUAAAUGUAUUUAUACAAUUUUCAUACAUAUUUAAAAAUAAUUUUCAUUUUGCUCUUAUUUUUAGUUCAUUACUUAAUAAAUUUAAACAAAAUAUUAUAGGAGUAUUUAAUAAGGAUAAAACCAAAAUGACUAAUUUUCUUAAUUUGUAUGCAAGAACUUUAAUGACAAACGUAGUGAGUAUUUAAUUAACAAUCAAUGCUUGAAACAUAGAAAUCAAUUUAAAAAUGUUACUUUUAGAGCUAACUAAAUUAAUAAAGAAAUUAUGGUUUUGCAAAACAACUAAAAAUUUUAUUUUAUUUAUUAAUACAAAAAAUCAUCAAUAACAUUCAAAACCACCUGACUACUAUAUAUAUACACUUAUAAAUCAUGGUAGUUGGAAAAACAA